UUGAGGUGAUAGGGCCCCUUCCUCAGCUAUGUCCACCACUUCCUUCUAGCUUGGGGCUAAAGUAGAAGGGAGUGGUGGGCAGAGAAACAGGAAGAGCCAUGACCUUCUUUUGCGCUGGUACACACCAGGUGGUUUAGUUUCCUGGAUUUUGGGAGUUGGGGGCACAGCUGUAGAAAGGUAGGCUCUGUCUCUGUGAAUUGUUCAAUUGCAGUGUGAGAUUGGGGCAGAUUUGUCUAAGAGACCAACAUGAGGAGUUGCCAAAGAUACCCUAUACUAGCCCAAGGCCUCUUGAAGAAUGGCCAUUUCCAUUUCCUGAGACUGGAGAUGUGCCAAGUCCUGUGCUCUACAGAGUUUAGCCACGCCAUUCUACUAAGGAAACUGACGCACAAGAUUGCAGCUGACUUGCUAAGGUCAUAGAGUUACUAAGUGCCUUUCACUUGGCUCAUAUUUACUGAGAGCAAGAAUUCACAUCUACAUGAAUCAGACUGCCCAAGCCAUAGCAGUAGUAGUUGGCUCCCAUGAAGUUUCUUUGUACUGGAGCAUCUUUUAUCUAGCAGCAGGAAGUGACUUAGAGGCCUUAUGAAUACAUCUGCGCUUUCUUGCUUCAGAGUUUACAACUGCAGGCCAACCCAGCCUGGACGCACUUCUUACUAAUGUUACAAGGAAACCGCUACCUCAGCAAACAAAAGAAAGGAGAAGACAUACAAUAACAAAUGCCAUGUUUAAAGAAAACUUGUUUCCAGAAACCGUUACAGAAGAGUUGUAAGUUUUUAGCACUGAGAAGCAGCUUUCCAGGUAAAUGGAGUUGACAGGCAGGCUCUGUCGGGAUUCUGCAGAGGCGUGCUCUUCUUGCUUAAGGACUUCUCGGAAAGUAACCCUUCUGCCUAAAUGCUGUUGACCAGCUGGGUUCCUGUUUGGUAUAUAGAAGAUACACUAUAUUACAUUUUAAAAGUUAAGUUAUUUUUCUGCCAUUGUAAAUUUAAGUAUCGAAAUAUUCUUGCAAAGCAAUUAUAAGUAAACAUUUUCCUUAGCAAGCAUAUCUUCAUUGAGAGUAGGAUGCUGAACAGUUGCACAGCAUUUUGGACACACUUUUAUUUUUUGUCAGAGUUCCUACCUACACUGAAAAUAUUAAUUAUAUAAGCCUGUUAAUUUUUUUUUCACCUUUAUGUUGGAUCACAUGGUCACCUGCCUCAUGGAAAUGCCUUUUUUAAAACUUAGAUUUGCAGAACUCCACUAUUUUUAUACCUAGCUACAGUUUUGGGAAAAAAGGACUCUGAACCCCGACCUGCCAGCGGUCCCUGGGACAGUUCCCCACCCGCAUGUAUUGCUGCAGUGCCCAGGACAGCAAGAUGGACUACAAGCGACGCUUCCUGCUUGGCGGGUCCAAGCAGAAGGUGCAGCAGCACCAGCAGUACCCGAUGCCUGAGCUGGGCCGAGCACUGAGCGCCCCCCUGGCAUCCACGGUCCCUUCUGCCCCCCUGGGCAGUCUGACUGCUGCGGGCAGCUGCCACCAUGCCAUGCCCCACUCCACUCCCAUUGCUGACAUCCAGCAGGGCAUCUCCAAGUACCUGGAUGCCCUCAAUGUCUUCUGCCGUGCUAGUACGUUCCUCACAGAUCUCUUCAGCACCGUGUUCAGGAACUCACACUACUCGAAGGCAGCCAUGCAGCUCAAAGAUGUGCAGGAGCACGUGAUGGAAGCAGCCAGCCGACUGACCUCAGCCAUAAAGCCCGAGAUUGCCAAGAUGCUCAUGGAACUCAGUGCUGGGGCUGCUAACUUCACGGACCAGAAGGAAUUCAGUCUCCAGGAUAUUGAGGUGUUGGGGCGAUGUUUCUUGACAGUGGUGCAAGUCCAUUUCCAGUUUUUGACUCACGCCUUGCAGAAAGUCCAGCCGGUGGCUCACUCUUGCUUUGCCGAGGUAGUUGUGCCAGAAAAAAAGAACAGCGGCAGUCUGUCUGGCGUGGGCCACACACCCGAACUGGAGGAAGCUGUGCGAUCCUGGCGGGGGGCUGCUGAGGCGACAUCUAGAUUAAGAGAGAGGGGCUGUGAUGGGCGCCUGGCAGGAAUCGAAGUCCAACAACUUUUUUGUUCUCAAAGUGCAGCGAUUCCUGAGCACCAGCUAAAGGAGCUAAACAUAAAAAUUGACAGUGCUUUGCAGGCAUAUAAAAUAGCUUUGGAAAGCUUAGGCCACUGUGAAUAUGCCAUGAAAGCUGGCUUCCACCUAAACCCGAAGGCCAUUGAAGCAAGUUUGCAGGGCUGCUGCAGUGAGGCGGAAGCUCAGCAGACAGGGCGAAGGCAGACACCCCCACAGCCCAUGCAGUGUGAGCUUCCCACGGUCCCUGUGCAGAUAGGAUCGCACUUCCUGAAGGGGGUCUCCUUUAAUGAGUCGGCUGCUGACAAUCUGAAGCUUAAGACGCAUACCAUGUUACAGCUCAUCAAGGACGCGGGCUGCUACAAUGGAAUCACACCUAGGGAUGAUCUUCCUGUGACGGAAGUACUGAACCAGGUGUGCCCAUCUACGUGGCGGGGCGCCUGCAAGACUGCGGUGCAGCUGCUGUUUGGCCAGGCAGGGCUGGUGGUUGUUGACACAGCACAGAUUGAAAAUAAAGAAGCCUAUGCACCCCAGAUCAGUCUAGAAGGCUCCAGAAUUGUGGUUCAAGUCCCGUCCACGUGGUGCCUGAAGGAAGAUCCCGCAACCAUGUCCCUGCUGCAGAGAAGUCUGGAUCCUGAGAAGACCCUGGGUUUGGUGGAUGUGCUCUAUACAGCUGUUCUGGACCUAAACCGCUGGAGGGCAGGGAGGGAGCAAGCUUUACCCUGUAUACAGAUCCAGCUGCAAAGGGAGAUCUGUGAUUUCGGGAAUCAGGCGGACCUGCCCUCUGGGAACGGAAGCAAGUCCUCAGGGCUACAGAAGACCUUCUCCAAACUGACAUCGCGCUUCACCAAGAAAGUGUCUUGCACCAGCUCCAGCAGCACACACUAUUCCAAAAAUGUCUUCGCAGCUGGGUGCUCAGAGGAGAAGACCAAAAUGCCAGGCAAUAAUAUUGACACACGGUUACAGAGCAUUUUGAACAUUGGUAACUUCCCUAGGACUACAGACCCUUCACAGUCGUCUCACAGUUCCAGUAAUGCAGUGGUCAAUGGCUUUCUCCUGGAGAGACGUGAGACCUUCCUGCACGGGGACGAUGGCAAGGAUGAGAAGGGCAUGAACCUACCCACCGACCAGGAAAUGCAGGAAGUGAUAGAUUUUCUCUCAGGCUUUAAUAUGGGCCAGUCACAUCAGGGGUCCCCACUGGUGACAAGGCGUAACUCUACUGCCACUGCCAUGGUGACUGAACAGAAGACAGGAACCAUGCAGCCACAGCAGCCAUCACUGCCAUUGGCCCCUCCACUACGGCCACCUCAGGCUGGAGCACACACCCCUCUGGCACCCCAGCAAAGUCUGGCUCCUCAGCAGCAGUCCCCAAAGCAACAGCAGUCCCAGGUCCAGUACUACCAACACCUGCUGCAACCCAUCGGAUGCCAGCAGACUCCACCCCAGCCUCGGGCACCUGGUAAAUGGGGACAUGGCUCGUCUCAGCAGCCAGCACAGCCCAUGGCGGCUGGUCUCUCUCCUCUUGGUCAGUGGCCUGGCAUAUCUGACCUCAGCUCUGACUUGUACAGCCUGGGCUUAGUGAGCAGCUAUAUGGACAAUAUGAUGUCAGAAGUUUUGGGACAGAAGCCACAGGGACCUAGGAAUAACACCUGGCCAAACCGUGACCAAAGUGAUGGAGUCUUUGGAAUGCUGGGAGAGAUUUUGCCUUUUGAUCCUGCAGUGGGCUCAGACCCAGAGUUUGCACGCUAUGUGGCAGGAGUGAGCCAGGCAAUGCAGCAGAAGAGGCAAGCCCAGCAUGGCCGCCGGCCAGGCAACCCCCGGGGCAACUGGCCGCCCAUGGAUGAUGCUCAUCGGACCUGGCCUCUGCCAGAGUUCUUCACAGAAGGGGACAGUCUGCACAGCGGCUGGUCAGGUGCUCAGGGAGACUCGGCCAGCUCCAGUGAUGAGACCUCUUCAGCCAAUGGGGACAGCCUGUUCUCCAUGUUUUCAGGGCCUGACCUUGUGGCUGCUGUCAAACAGAGAAGGAAACACAGCAGUGGAGAGCAGGAGACCAGCACACUGCCCUCACCACCUCUCCUGACCACUGUGGAGGACGUGAACCAGGAUAACAAAACCAAAACGUGGCCACCCAAAGCACCAUGGCAGCACCCUUCGCCGCUGCCCAGCACGCUGCCCAGCCCAGCUGCACCACUCUAUGCAGUCACCAGUCCUGGAAGCCAGUGGAAUGACACCAUGCAGAUGCUGCAGUCUUCUGUGUGGGCUGCAACCAGUGACUGCAACACAACCUCCUUCACCUACGUGCAGACACCACCACAGCCCCCACCUCCACCAGCACAUAAGGCGGCACCCAAGGGCUUCAAGGCCUUCCCUGGGAAGGCUGAGCGCAGGCCAGCCUAUUUGCCCCAGUACUGACCACAGCUAGCCUGCUGCCCAUCAGAGCUGUAGGGGCAGCUGUCCCCAGGGCUGACUAGCAGAUACUAGCCCUCAGAAGGACCAGUGCACCCUGCCCCGGGGACAGAAAUGUUCCUUGGGUUAGAGGUGAUUGGCAGCUCCAAGUCUUUACGACCUGGUUUCUCAAACUUUGAAGGUAGCCCACCCCUGGGAGCCCACUGAAGAUGGAGAUUUCUGACGCUCAGGGGAAUGCUGGCAAUCUGCGUGCUUAUUAAGAAGCACCUCAGGUAACCCUGGUGCGGGUGGCCAGCGGCCACGCUUAGGAAAACACAGU